AUGGCUCCUCCUGCUCAACUCCCCCUUCGCCAACUUACAAUGAAUGGGCCCAAGAUCCCAGCCGUCGGCUUCGGUCUCAUGGGCCUGAGCAUCGCAUACGGAGCAGCCGAGCCCGACGAAGAACGCCUCAAAGUCCUUGAUCGUGCCUGGGAGCUCGGCUGUACCAAUUGGGACACAGCUAACAUUUAUGGCGAUAAUGAGGACCUCAUCGGGAAGUGGUUCAAGCUCCAUCCUGAGCGUCGCCAGGAUAUCUUUCUCGCAACCAAGUUUGGAAUCAAGGUGUCCGACGGGGGCAUGGUUACUGAUUCGACUCCUGAGCAUGUGAAGGCGAGUAUUGAGAAGAGUCUGAAGAGACUUGGUGUGGAUCAUAUCGAUUUGUACUAUAUGCAUCGCGUCAAGGCGGAUGUGCCUAUUGAGAAGACUAUCGGGGCCAUGAAGGAGCUUGUUGACCAAGGAAAAGUCAAGUACUUGGGCUUGUCAGAGAUCUCCUCCACAACUGUUCGUCGUGCUCAUGCUGUCCAUCCUAUCGCAGCAGUCCAAGUCGAGUACAAUCCCUGGACACUUGAUAUUGAGGGUCCUUCAGGAACACACAUCCUAAAAACAUGUCAAGAGCUCGACAUUGCUGUGUUCGCUUACUCUCCCCUUGGUCGCGGCAUCCUUACCGGCCGAUUUCGCUCUGUUGACGACUUUGAAGAAGGUGACAGUCGACGAGGAUUGACUCGUUUCCAAGGCGAUAAUUUCAAGAAGAACCUAAAGAUUGUGGAUAAGUUUGACGAGAUGGCAAAGAGCAAGGGAUACACUUCUUCGCAGAUGGCAUUGGCGUGGCUCCUCAAGCAAAGUCCAAAUGUCUUCGUGAUCCCAGGUACCAAGAAGAUCAAAUAUCUAGAGGAGAAUGUAGGAGCGGCAAAGGUAACACUGAGUGAGGAAGAGGAUCAAGAAUUGCGACGACUGGUUGAAGAAGCCGAGGUUUCAGGCGGACGAGAUGCUUUCUUUGGUAAUUACAUGGACACGCCUCCUCUGGAGACAUGA